AUGAAACAAAGGGAAUUAAAUCUCAGUGGUAACCCGAUUCGGGAUGCCAUUUCCAGAAUCCGAUUCGCCCCGCAUUCCAACAAUCUCGUGAUUUCUUCUUGGGACUCGAGUCUUCGUCUGUACGAUGCUGACAAGAAUAAGCUAAGAUUAGAAUCUUCUUGCGGCCGAGAAGCUGCUGGUCUUACCGAUUGUUGUUUCCAGAGUGAAACUGUAGCUCUUUCGGCGGCUUCAGAUGGUGCCAUUUGCAGGCAUGAUUUGGGUACCGGAGUUGAUAAUCAAAUUGGGAACCAUGACGAUUUGGCUGGUUGUGUUGAAUUUUCAGAUGAAACAAACCUUGUAAUCUCCGGUGGAUGGGACAAAAAGAUAAGAUUUUGGGAUACACGCUCAGCUGAGUCUAUUGGAAGCUUGGACAAUCAAAGGACGGAAGUGGAGUCCAUAUCAAUCUCUAGAUUCCAGUUGAUGGCUGCUGUCGGGUCAUCAGUAAGCACAUAUGACUUGCGCAACUUAAACAAAUUAGUUCAACCGAAACAAUUUCAUAUGAACAUUGAAGUAAAAUGUGUCCGUUCACUUCUUGGUUUUGAAGGCUUUGCUUUGGGAUCAAUGGAUGGGAGAGUUGCUUUAAAGUACACCGAGAUAAACGACGGCAGUAGAGGAUAUGCAUUCCGAUGCCAUCCCAAGGAAAAGGUUGGAAAAUAUCAUCUUGUUACUGUGAAUGAUAUUGCAUUCAGUCCAUCCUUGUCAUCAAUUUUUGCCACUGGUGAUAAUGAAGGUUAUGCUUCAUUAUGGGAUUCUCAGAGCAAGAAACGACUGUAUGAGUUGCCAAAAUUUCCCAAUUCUAUUGCUUCAUUGUCAUAUAACCACAAUGGACUACUGUUGGCGGUUGCAUCGAGUUACACAUACCAGGAAGCUAAUGAAAGGGAAGAAAUUCCCCAGAUAUAUGUGCAUGAAAUGGGGGAACUCUACGAUGGAUCACUUUCAGGUGGAAGCUGCAAGUAG